AUGCCUCAAGAUCAGUUGUUGCUAUCAAACAUUACCCACCCUCCUCUACCUCCAGCACUCAUUAUUCUUGCUGCAAAGUCUCUCCCCGACUUUAUAACCACCUUGCAUCCCAAGUUGUCUCUGGGUCAGAACCCCUCAGAUUUCCCAGAAUUUUUGCCAUGGGAUAUGGACCCUCCUUAUGAUUUACCAGAUACACAUACUCCAGAAGAGGUUCAAAUCACUCUUUCCAUUAGGGAUAUGCAUGAGAGGCAAUUGUACCGCGAGAGGGAGAAACGGGAGGCUUAUAUGAGCAUUUACAAUAGUCGAAGGUGCCUUGGCUAUUGUACAUUCCUAGUUGGAGAUAUUAGCAUGCUGUUGGCGUGGUGA